CAGAAACCAGGACAAUCCAUCCUGACGCUGCGUGUGUGAUGAACUGCUUGUCGCACGUUUCGUCAUACACAACCGCCAUUUUCAGGAGGAAGGGUCGUUUCGUGGCGACGAGUUUUCUGUACAGACCUUGCUCGUGGAAAAGAAAAUUGGACCUUUCGUGUGGGGUUAAGUGCAUCAACUUAGAAUCAACGAUAUUCCAUGUUCAGCUCUACUCGUCUCGAAGCAAAGCCAGCAGCAGCAUCAGCAGCAAGACGACGUCGUCUCGUUCACAGAGGAAGUCAGAAGCUGAACCGGUUGUGGAGCUGGAAAAAGAUGCCUUCUAUGUAGUGCGCAAAGGAGAUAUUGUUGGUGUUUAUAAGAGUUUCAGCGAUUGUCAGGCUCAGCUUAGUUCUUCGAUAUUUGAUCCUCCGGUUAGUGUGUACAAAGGAUACUCUUUGCCUAAGGACACUGAAGAGUAUCUUGGUUCAUGUGGACUCACGAAUGCCAUUUACACAAUCGCGGCUGCAGAUUUGAAGGAUGAUAUUUUUGGCAAGCUUAUGCAUUGCCCUUUUCAAGAUCCAGCAUCUUUGCAAGGUGGAGCAUCUGUCACAGAUGCGCUCAAAAAGAGAUCCCAUGAAGUGCCUGCAUCAGAUAAUUUGGAAGUAAUUUGUUCACCUUCCAUAGCAGAUGAUCCAUUGAGAAAGCAUGUCAAGAUAGAUCAUUCCACUCAAUCAUCACCCUUAGAUUCUGGCUUCUGUACUCUUGAGUUUGAUGGUGCAUCAAAAGGAAAUCCUGGACUAGCUGGUGCUGGAGCUGUGCUGCGAGCUGAUGAUGGAAGUUUGAUCUGUAAACUUCAUGAAGGUCUGGGUGUUAGAACCAAUAAUGUUGCUGAGUACCGAGCUCUGAUUCUGGGGCUAAAAUAUGCUCUUAAGAAAGGUUUUACUAAGAUUCGUGUCAAAGGUGACUCCAAACUCGUCUGUAUGCAGGUGCAGGGGUUAUGGAGGGUCAGAAACCAGAACAUGUCUGAUUUGUGUGAAGAGGUGAAGGAACUGAAGGAUAAAUUUCUCUCCUUUGAGAUCAGUCAUGUUCUCAGGGAACUCAAUUCUGAGGCAGAUGCUCAAGCAAACUUGGCAGUCCGUCUUAUGGGUGAGGCUUUCAAAUCUGACACUGCUGCUGAUGCUGUUGAUCUUGGUGAUGAAGAAGAAGAUGAUGUACCCAUCUACUCUAACCCAACUGCUACGUCGGGGGUUAAGCCCGUGAUACCCACUCUUCUUCAGCCACGCGUUGUGGUCUACGAUGGGGUCUGCCAUCUCUGCCAUGGAGGGGUGAAGUGGGUGAUUAAAGCAGACAAGUACAGGAAGAUCAAAUUCUGUUGCCUUCAAUCGGAGACUGCUGAGCCUUAUUUGAGAUUGUGUGGUCUUGAUCGAGAGGAUGUUCUUCGUCGCUUUUUGUUUGUUGAAGGCCCGGGGCUAUACCAUCAAGGCUCUACGGCUGCACUGAAAGUAUUGUCAUACUUGCCUCUCCCUUACUCUGCUUUAAGCGCAUUCAUGGUCAUCCCAACUCCUCUGAGAGAGAUUGUCUAUGAUUAUGUUGCCAAACGGCGCUAUGACUUCUUCGGCAAAUCUGAAGAUUGCUUAGUCUUGCAAGAGAAAGAGUUGCUGGAGCGUUUCAUUGAUAGGGAAGAGAUAAUGUAUCGAGCUCGACCAGAUUUUUAAUUAGCUCCCAUAGAGCUAGCUAUCAUCACCUAAGUUUUGGUUAUAUGGUUGAUGUAAAGAAAUGAAAUAAAAUAUAUCAUUCUGUAUACAAUGUGGCUAUUUUGAUUACAACAGUUCAGUCAUA